AUGGACUGGCUGUCCAGAGGUCCAGAGGAGCAGGACCUGAGCUGUGGACUUCAACGUAUGAAUGGACUUCUACAGUGGAGUGAACGCAGCGCGAGUAGCCGAGAAGCGCCAGCUGGUUGUUCAGGAACGGAGGCAGAAGGGGAACUGGCGGUUCCUCCAGGAGCGAAGGCCGAGAGGAAGGGGAGGGGUAGGGCCCCCCCGACGGAUGAUGGUGGGCGGUGUCCCCCACGGACACGAGCCCGCCCCUCGGCACGGCCCUCCCCGCCGCAGCUCCCGGGAGACGCGGCGACGUCCGUGAGCGGAGGGACGGGCAGGUUCGUGCCGGGAGGAGCCGGCCUGCGGCUGGACUGCUCCAUCAGAAGACACUGCGGUCGCACAGCAUUUCGUCGUGCCGCAGAAGCUGACAUAAGCCCCAUUAGGCCCUUAUGCGAGGGAGCAGAAGUACCCAUCAAUCUCCUCUUUCCGUAUGUGCUGAAGUAUAAGCAACAAUUGUCUCUUGGAGCUGAGCAAGAAUGGAUUCUAGAACAGGGUAAAAUGCAAACAGAACUAAACUGGCAGCACCUCUGUGAGAAUGCUGAACGUAAUCGGUAUCAGAAAUCAGAGGAUCUAACACAAAGCCUGUUUUCAUCAAGAGAGGAGAUAUUUCAGUAUGAUGAUAAAAUUUCUCUGUGCAAAGAUAUUCCUACCUUGGAAAUAAAAAAGCUGCAGAAGCAGAAUGCCAGCCUUCGGGCUGCUAUUGCACAAAUGAGGAAAGAAAUGGAGAGUCUUGAUGAGCAGAUGUUGUCUUCUCUUCCUCUGACAGAAAACAGACAGCUUGUAGAGCAAGGUUCAGUGAGCACAAACAAAAUUUCAACUGCAACCACUUUGAGCAACAUCAAAGUCAGCUCAAUUAAGCUGGACUGUAUAGUAAACCCAGACACAGAAAAGGGGCCAGAACCCAAAGUUCUUGAAGAAAAGAUAGUAGAUCGUGGACAACAGUUGCCUGAUGUAGGUCCUGGUGUUGAGCUUCAAUAUGGUGUCAAACAUGCUCUACAGGGAAUGCAAAAUAAACUGAAGGAAGCAGCAAGAAAAAUCUCAAUCCUAAACCAAGAGAAGCGGCAGUUGAUUGAAAUGGGAAACAGACUCAGGGCAGAACUUGAAAUGGUGUUAAAGGAAGGACUUUGGCAUCCUGUCGGCUCUAAACACUGCACAGUUUGUAUUGCCUCUGGUAGUCUGCUUCCAAGAGAACUUGUGAAAAGAACGCAGUGUCAGCUAUCAGCUCUAAAACAUCUACAGCACAAACUCACAACACAGAAGCUGCAAUAUGCAAGGCAACAGCAUCCCUCGAGGUUCUCUUCUCUAGUUGCCUGCCCUGGCUUAAAGGAAGAAGAAGCUCCAAGCAACUGUGGGGAAGAAAUAGAAUUGCCAUCCUCUGAGGUUCAGCUAGAUUUCUCUAUUGAAAAUCAUGGGCCAGAGCAACAAAAGGCAAAUGCAUCCUCAAAGAUUGUUCAAAGUCAGCCGCUCAGGCAGAGUCCUAGUCAAGUCCAGCAGGUCCAGCUUUCUUCAUCUAGAGCAUAUAAAUUCUGUCAAGGUGUUUGGCAAACUUUAGAAAUGGGAUCAAGCCUUUCUAUUCUCAGUCCUCAAAAGAACAGCAACCAAGCAGUGGAAUUGGAAGUUAUACAUUCAACCAAGCAAUCUGAAGAAUCUCAGCAAAAUGUCAAAGCCAAGGAUAAACUUGAAGUGCCAGCUGGAGAUUUGACAGUCAGAGGAACAAGGCUGGAAGUUCAGCAGAAGUUAAAAUCCAGGAAUUUAUCUUGUGCUCAUCCAUUAAAACCAAAAAUCUCUUCUAACAUGGCAAAAAUCCGCAACUAUAAUAUUAAAGACUGAUUUCUAUGUUGGCAGCAGGUUCCAGAUCUACAGUUGCUAUUAAUUUACUUUGAAGUCUCUAAAUCAGAUCUAAAUAUUUGCUUCAUUUUUGUAUGUUGAGUUAUUUGCAGCCAGAAGGGAGAACAAAUACCCCGUUUCACACAGCGACCUCUGAAAUAAAGGGUUAAUGUGUGUACAUUAUGAGAUUACAGUCUUCACUGUUAAUACUUAUUUCUUUUAAUUAUAUGUGUUAAAUUUUGCUUGCAUCAUGGAUUUAGAAAUGCCCAGUUAACACAUAGGUAAAGCCUUGUGCCUUCAGGCAGGGCUUCCAGGUCUUUAGCAAAUUUUUUGUUGAGAAACUGUAGAUGUGAUUUAAGCUUAGCAGUGGGAUGCCUCAACCUACUUGUUUUCUUCUAAUUAACAAUGCAACCGUUAAUCCUGUGCAGCUAUCUUUCUACUUGAAAGUAAAGGGGUUGAAAAGAUUACACCUGAGUCUGUAUUGUUUCUCAUAUUCUGUAGCUCCUCCCACUUGUUCAGAUAUAAUGAGAGUAUAAAAUUAAAUCUCUAUUGUCACACUAGUAAUUAUAUUUUUCCUUGACGUGAGACUGCAUGGACUUUAAAGCAGUGAAAAACACUGCUAAUGAGUUAGGAUCAUACCCUCAGAAUCAUACCAGAUGCACUGUAAGAUAUAAGUCUUAAAACAUAAAACUAAAAGAAACUUGAGUUAGCUGGGAUGUAAGAAAGGAUAUCUCUGUAGCAAUGAACACACCAGGACAUUGAAACAAGUAAUGAAUGUAUUUUUGUAACGUUUCCGUAAUGCUGAGCUGUCUUGGGAUAUUACAGCGAUGAACUUUACGUAAAGGAAAUACACUUGAAGAAUUCAAUAAAAAACUUUUUUUAUGGCGUCUCUGUCUAUGGAGAUAAUCAAAACCCAACUAGAUGUGGUCCUGGACAGCCUGUUCCAGAUGACCCUGGAGCUGAGGGCUUGGACUAGGUAAUCUCACGAGGUACCUUCCAACGUAAGAGGUCCUUUGAGUCUGUGAGUGGUAUCACUGAAGUGAAUAAUACUUCUCAGUUGCUGCUAAACAUAUAAAAUCUAAACAGGAAGAGAGCCUCUUACCCAUGAAUGUCUUUUUUUUCUGUAGCGCUUUUCUUUUUAGAAAUGCUUCUCUGGUACUCUUGCAAACAGGUGCUCUCCUCAGCAUCUGACAAAGUGGUAGAAAUCAGUUUGAGAAUUUGAAUAAUUGUUUUCUAGUACCUGCUGUAAAUGUUUUGCUUUAGUGCAAAGGUGCUGUGAUAUUAUGAUCAGAUGCUAAAUCUGCAAUAAAUUUCAUGAGAUGUUACCAAGCCAAUAUGAGGCCUGAGAGACCUUGUGAGCGUCUUUCUAAAUCUUUUUGUUACUUGAAAAUCCUGUCAUUAGAUUCAACAUUGUUCAUGAGCCAGAACGACAUGAUGCAUUCCCUUGAACCAGGCCCUGAAUAAGCUCUUUCUGUAGCUCAAAGCAUAGUGGUUUCUAACAAGUACAGGAAUUUUGGCCCCGAUCACACCAGUUAAAGCACUCACUAGUUAUUUCUAGAACUCAUGGUGUAAAUUCUGAAGUUUUUAAUAACUGCAGAUUAGCCUGAAAAAUUAUUUUUAUUUUCAUGUUUAAUAACUGUGGAGAUGCACAAUAGUUCAGUUGUAUGAGAUUCUGUGCAUUUACAGGUGUUAAAAGCAGUGUAAAAGAGCAGUUUGUUCCUUAAUCUUUGUAACACUGUAUGUAAGCCUGGAAAACACUACUCUAUUCCUUACAUCAUGGAUAUAAGCUCAUGGGCUGCAGACUUCAGAAAUGCUUUUGUAUAGGUUUCUAUGCAGGUUUUUAUGGUUUUUUUUGUUUGUUCACUUGUUUGAGGGUUUUCCGAGUGGGGUUUUUUUUUCUUUUUUUUGUGGUUUUUUUUGUGGUUGGUGGUGUGUCCCCCUUCCCCUGACCCCAGUAAGUCACCUGGCAUGCCUGGUCAUGCAGACCUCUUGCCAGAAAUGCAGCUUUAAUAUAUUCAGUUUCCCUGAGAAACAGGUUUCCUUAAGUCAACUGUAGGUAAGUGAAGAUGAUAGCUCUUGGGUGUUUAAUUUUAUUUUACUUGUGAUAGAAAAAAAAAAGCAGUUAAAUCACUGUACGUUUGUUUCAGAGUAACUGUAAGAACAUACCCUGUACGGUGAAAAUUAACAAAGUAUGCAUAAUAAUAAAUAACAUGACCAUAUUGCUUGGAUCCUGCAUGGGGAGGUUGUGCUAAGGGUGUACUGAAUACAGCAGGAAAACUCUCAUAUAUUAUGAUCAAAAUAUUUAAUAAAUUGGGCAUUGAUUCUUAAGAACCAGAUGAGAAGAGUGGAAACAAGGUACUACUGUGGCUACAAAGAAAGGAGUGCCUACAAAAAAGAGAAUUCAGGCUGGUCAUAGAGUACUGAAAAGGUAAAAGAGUAAAUUAUUGAUUUUUCUUAUCGAAGGGCUAAAAAACUGUUAUGCUGAGGAAUAUAUGGAUAAAGGCAAAAGGUCUGCCCCGAGAAGGUCGGAAUGGAGCUGUAUUGCCAAGUGGCAGCGCAGGCGCCACUGGGAGCGGGGCCUGUGCCCGGAGCCGGGUCUCCCCGGGACCAGGGGUGAGGCGGGGGCUUUCGGCGUCUCGGCGCUCGGGCCCGUGUUUGCUGACCGAAAGGCAGGAAGGAUCUUUUUGUGUUGGAGUCGUAGGCAAUAAAGAAGAAAACUGAAA